AUGCAAGCAGAUCAAGAAAACAUUGCUGAUGGCUUAUCAAACAUCCCUGUGAAGCGUAAACGUGGACGCCCACGGAAAUAUCCAAGACUUGAUUCUCAAGUGAAUGCUGCUCCUGUGCCCAGGUAUCAGAACCUAAACUUGCGGGAGAAUGCUGCUGUUCCCCCUCCUGGAUUCGUAAGGAGCAAUGGAAACCAGGCCCAACAAGCAGCACCAACUAAUGGUACAAGUACAACUGAUAACUUGGUGGGAAUGGCGGUUUCUGGUGUUGUUGAAGCAUCAUUUGACGCCGGCUACCUUCUCAGAGUUAGGGUUGGUAAUACUGGCACCACUUUGAGGGGUAUUGUCUUCAAGCCUGGACAUUAUGCUCCUGUUGUACCAGAAAAUGAUGUGGCUCCAGAUGUUGAAAUGAUCCGACGGCAUGAAGUUCCCAUCCCAGUUGAGAACCAUUCUGCUGUUCAUGUCCAUAAACCCCAUUCUAGAGAUGUUUCCCGCCCUGUUAAUCAUGUAGCUUCAGAAGGCCGACAGAUGACUCCAGUGGCUGCACAAACUGUUAAUCAAGUAAUGUCCAGAGGCAACUUGAUGCCUGUUGUGCUAGAACCUUGCAAGGCAUCAAAUGGGGUGGCACUCACCAGUGAAUCGAGUCCUGUUGCACCCCAGGCUGCAACCAUAGCAACCUCUAAAGGGAAAGAGGUUGUAUCAGCUGCUCCAUCAAAUGGGUGUUCAAUUCCCAACGACCAGGCGUCAUUAGUUCAAAAUCAAAUGCUUGGAUCCCAACCUCACACUAGCAAUCAGGUAAUGCAUGAUGUUAAAAUGAAUGAGAAUGGUCCUAUUGAUCCACUCUCUGUAGAGGAGUUGCCUAAGCCAGAAGCCAAGCAAAUGAGAUUACCUGAGAAUGUCCCCUCAGAAUCAGCUGAGAGUCACCUAGAGGCUAGUAACUUAACUACUCAACCCUUAGCCGUUGAGCCCCUCCAGUCAGUAGAGCCUGAAUACCAUCCCACAUCUACUUCCCAACCAAUGGAGGAUGUCAGAAAUGACAAAAUGUCCGAGCUAUUGCAGGUUUUGCAGGAAAGCAUGAAGGAGAGGGUGAAGGACCAAACUGACAAACUGUUUGGAGAUGGACAGAAUGAGGAUUCAAGCACACCUUCACAGGCAUCUUGAGCGAUUGUUGUCGAUACAUGCCUCCUUGUUGGACAUCAGGUCUUAACGUGAUCAGCCAAUUGUGUAUUAGGAAAUUUUUUUUUAAUCUUUUUUCUUAAAUGACGAUGGAUGCUGGGAAAGUUCACAUAAUUAAUGUUCUCUUAUGAGGACUGAGAGGUAUUUUUAUUUACCCUGUUGUA